AUGUCUUAUGUUUCAGAGGUUGCAGAUCUGCAGAUAUCCAAGUACGCCAAUAUUGGCGGUCUUGCAAUUCUCGUAUUUGAUUACUGCAUCACGUUUCAAGACGAGGUACAUUGGACUUGGUCCAGGCCAUGGGGUUUAAUUCGUGUCAUCUUCACCAUAUCUCGAUAUCUCCCUUUCGUAGGCUCUGGAAUGACUGCAUACGCUGCACUGCGUGUCAGUGGAUCGUGCCCCCCUAGUUUGGCGGAAAAUAUUAUUCAUAUUUUAAGUAUCAUUGCUGCGGAAGGCCUGCUGGUUAUCCGGACCUGGGCAUUCUGGAAGAAGAGCAAAAAAGUACUGAUUGGCUUAGUGAUUUAUAGCACGGCGACAGUAAUCGGCGCUGUUGCUAUGAACCUCCUUCCCAAUCAUCAGCUGAUUUCAUCAGAUGUAUCUAUGAUACCCGGGCCAUGCGGCUUUGAGUCGUCGAGGAAUGCUGCACUGGUAUAUGCUAUCUUGGCACUUUUCGAAUGUGUGAUACUGUUCCUUACUGCAUACAAGUGGUUCUACGACUACCGGGACUCAGAAAUUCAGAGCUCGAUCGUAACCAUCCUCUACGGCGGUAGCAUGCUUUACAUACUGUGCAUCAUCGCCAUCACAGUGACCAAUGUGAUCAUCGACGCAGCAUUUCCGGUUGGCUUUACAAAUAUGUUUGAUACGUAUGUCGCCGGUUGA